AUGAAGAAAAAAAAGGUAGUCAAAUUGAAGGAAGAGUAUGUUCCUAAGGGAAAUUAUUUUAGUAAAGAUGCGCUGUUAACGAACAUUUUUAUGCAAAGUAACGAAAACGCAGUCUCGGAUAUAGACUCCAAGAACUCUCAGCUUAUUGUUAAUUGUAUUAAUAAACUGCAUAAAAAAAGUCUUCAGACAAAGCUCAAGUCCAUAAAUGAAUUAAUUCUGCACCUGAGUAAAUGUGAUGAAGACGCAGUUAGUCAUUUAUUCCCCCCUUUUUUAAAUGUUUAUAAAAAGUUAAUAUAUCAUCCAAAUUACAGUUUAAGGGAAAAUUUAAAUUUGUGUCUUAAGUUGUUCAUAGAAAAGAUAAAAACAAAAAUAAAAUUGCACUUAAGUAUAUUUUUACCUCCUUUGUUUGUUUCCCUAUUUGAUUACAGUAGAAGUGUGAAGAGCCUCUCGAGUGAUAUUCUGUCGAUCAUAUUUCCGAACAAGGGAGAGGGAAAAAAUUUGGAAAAAGAAGAAAAGGAAGAAAAAAAAAAAAAAGGAGCAAAACUAAGGUUACAAGAGGAAAAUAAACUCUACUUAAAUGUAAAGAAGUUAAAUGUGAAUACUGUAAAUUUGUACAAGUGCUUGAAAUAUAUUAAAGAUGAUAUGAACGAAGCAGUGACAAGUAAUUUAAAAAAUAUGAACAAUGACGAGGAUUAUGAUAGCAACAUAUAUCUUUUUAAUGUGCUUUGCUUUUUUCCUGCUCUUUUAUAUAUGAUCAUAAAAUAUGCAAAAGAGGUAAAUGGCAAUUUUGAUGAGGGUGAGAAUGAAAUUAUAGACGAGAACAAUAAGUCGAUAUUGAAAAGAAAUUAUAAAGAUAAGAUUAAAGAAACUGUUAAGGAGGAAUUUGCAAGUUUUAGGAAUAUAUUUAGCUCAUUUUUGAAUGCUUUAAAUUUUAUAUAUGAAAAGAAUAAAGAAAAUUUAAGGGUAAAAAAAAUGAUGUAUCUCUCUAUAUUUAAUAUUAUUUAUUUAUUAAAAAAAGAAAAAAUAAAUUAUAUGGAUUUGAAUGAUGAAGAGGGUAAUACAUAUAUUUUUAAUUAUAUUCGAUGUAUAGUAAGUAAUAAAGAGGAGUAUAUUAUGAAAAAUAUAAAUCAUUUUUUAUUACUUUAUUUCCUAUCAGAAAAUAAAAAAAAAAUUAAUGAAAAUUUUUUGAAAAGUUAUUUGUCUUUAGUAAAACAAAACAAAAUAUAUGGAAAUGAUGUUUUUAACUUUAAUAUAUUUUUAUUUCUUUUUAUAUUUGAAAAAAAAGAUAUUCAAGAUUAUUUUUUUUUCUUUUUUUUUUUAUUUUAUUUUUUGCUACUCAAUGGACGGGGUUCAUCUGUAGCUAUUUAUUACGAUAUAUUACUUCACUUACUUGAACGCUUUCCGUUCAGUAGAGAAAAACUAGAUGAUGCCCCGACAAGUGAUAUAGUAAAUUGUAAGUUCGAACAAGAGCAUAUAAGUAACACCAAAAGGAGCACCCUUGUAGAAGCAAAUGAGAACGUAGUGGAUGGUGCAUGUAUAGAGAGCAAAGGGGGAAGUGAACAACAUUGUAUGUAUGUAUUUACCGAAAAUCAAUGUGUCCAAAUUUUGUAUGAAAAUAUUAUGCUCUUACCUUUGGAAACAUUGUUUGUUCAGAAAAAUUUAGACAACUGUAAUGUCUGUUUUAGGAGUACAAGUAUGUAUGAACAGCUUACAAAUAUAUAUUAUUGCCAAAAGAAAAAAACAAAUAAGAGGGAUGGAAAAGAUAAAAAUCAGUUUGAUCAUUUAAGAAAAAAGUUAGUGGAUGAAAAAAAUAUGGAUGAAAAGAGUGUACUCUCUGCAUUUUGUAAUUUUGUUCUUUCGGCAGUAAGUAAGGAUCAAGUGGUUCGACGUUGUUUACAUUUACUAAAUGAGUAUAUACAUGAUGUAGGCGAUAGACUGAAGAAAGGUAAUGAGAGUAACAGAUGGAAGGAGCAAAAUGAGAAUAAUCUUUCAAGUAAUAAUACGGUAAUGAACAACAGUAUGUGUUAUAGUGAAGACAAUAUGCAUAUGAGUAAAAAAUAUUGCGCUGCAAUAAAUUUUAUGUUGUUAUUUUUGCAAGAAUUAAAGGGUAUACUAUUUCCUGGGAGCGAGGGAAAUCACCAUAACAUAAGUGACAGUACUAAAGAAUACUUUGCAUACCUUUUAAAAGAUACGUUUAUAAUUUUAUUUCAUCUAAUAGAGUAUAAAAACUACGAAAUGGUGGAAAUUGUGCGGUGCAAUUUUGAUUUGCUCCGAUUUCUUCUUGCGCACGAUAUGGACAAGCACUUGGAGGGGAAUGCCCCUCAGCUCGUAAUGAAUGAUAUUAAUUUGAAGUGGGAGUUUAAUCAGCGGAAUUCCACGUUUUGUUUCGAUAGUUUGUUCAUUAUUCUUCAUAAAUUGCUCGUAAGUAGUAAAAUGACCAAGGAUGUGUAUUUUGACACCUUGGGUAUUAGCCUGAAUGUACUUGACUCCUUUUAUAUGAGGAAAAGUGAAAAUUAUGAGAGGAUAUCUAAGUCCUUAUUGGAGGUUCUUUUUAGCGAACCGGUGAGUGAAGCAACUGUUGAAGACAAACUGUCAGUGUGUAUAGAGCUAAUUACCUUUAUGAAGAAUAGAAAAACGAAAUUUUUUGAUUUAUCUGUUACUGCGUUAGAAAUAUAUAAGUACUGUAUGGAGCUAGAUUUGCCUAGUUCUACUAGUAGCUACAAAUUACUAUCAACUUUUUAUGAAUGUGUACAUGUUGAUGAUAUGAGUUAUGCUUUAUUUGAUAAGAAUUUUUACUUUGACAUGUUCCAUAUAUAUAAAAAAAGAAUGGAUAAAAGGCAAACUUUUCCUGAUAGUAGUUUUUGCACAUUUUUUUUAAAAUUUUUUACUCAAUAUAUUUUAGCGAAACAUACGAAGGAUAGUAGUAAUAAUGAAGAAGUUAAUGACUUAUGCUUGUAUUUCAUCCUUGUAAUAUACCUAAAAAUAAAUUAUAGUUACAUCGACGAGUUUAAAAAGGAGUUGUUUUCCAAAUUAAGGAAGGAAACCCUUUAUUCGUACUUGUCAUUAAUGCGGAAAAUAUAUCACUCUUUUGGGGAACAAGCAUAUUGGGAUAAUGGGAAAGAGCGAACGACGUUUCCUUGCAAUGGUAAUGGUCCGUAUAGAAGCGGCCCAAUUGUAAAGGAGCUAAGCUAUGAGAGCGUCAAGAGUAAUCAAAGCGGUGGAAGCGGUCAAAGCAGUGGAAGCGGUCAAAGCGGUGGAAGCGGUCAAAGCAGUGGAAGCGGUCAAAGCAGUGGAAGCGGUCAAAGCAGUGGAAGCGGUCAAAACAGUGGAAGCAGAAAAAGAGGCUAUGCCCGUGGAGAGUACUGUCACAUUCAUGCAAAUGUGAUUAGUGCCUCCAUCUUCUUCGAACAUGUUACGAAAUUCAGAAACGAUGAUAAUGGUAGAGUGCAAGUGCCUACUAUUGAAAGAGAGCAUCUUCAUGAUCAGUCAAUGAAAGACGAUGGUGAAGGAGAUAAAAUGGAAAUACAUUUGUUUAUAAAGAAGGAAGAUGUUAUAAAUCCUAAAUAUAUCCAACGGAUGUUGUGCAUAUAUAGAAUAUACUAUGAUAUUCAAUUUUUCACUUUUGAGGAUGUGAAAAAUUUAACUUUUUUUUUUUUCGAGCCAUAUAACAUUGAAAAGGAAUAUACUUCAAACCAUGAGACUGGAAAAUUCCUUAAAACAGAUAACCACUUGGAUAAUUUUUUUAAUUAUAUUUAUUCAAAUAUUAGAUGCAAGGAAUUGUAUGUUUUCUUAAAUACGUUAAGAAGCGAAUUAGGGGAUGAUGCAGUAAUGAAUAAACACAGUCUUUUUAACUUGUAUUUUUAUAUAUAUCAUUAUAGUGAUAGGAAAAGUGCAGUGGAUCAUCCAAAUGAACAGGUAGCCAUUUCGGAUGUAGUUUGUAUUAUGAAGAAAAUAUACAAUUAUGAAUUUCUUAAAAUAUGUAAAGCAAUACUAAGAGAGAGGAAUUACAAAGAUGAAGGAGAACAGAAGUUGAAGGAUGAUAUAGCCCACAAAUUAAACAGCUUUAAAUUAAAAAAUUUCUACGAUUUAAAAGUGCAAAUUUUCCUUUUUAAGGAGUACAUAAUAAAAUAUAUUAUGAAAAUGAACAAGGGGGAGGAAGAGAACAAUAUGGGUGAAAAAAACUGUUACAGUGGUUGUAAGAAUAAAGAUAGAGGUAUGCCCAAUGAGGAAUGUAACAAAGAUCAUGUUAAUUAUACAAAGGAGGACAGUAGUACAGAUGUGAAGAAACUUAGUGACGAGGAGCUCUAUCAGAAUAAGAUAAACCAGUUGAAACAGAAAAUACCUUCAUUUUUUCAUUCUUAUAUUGAUAAGAAUCUUAACUUGAGUGCAAAAAAUGAGUUAGAGUUAAUAAAUUUGCUAAAACAUUUAGUAUGCAUCAGUAAGCAUAUUACUGGCUUUAAUUUGUUUGAGUGCACGAUUGUUCAAAGGCUUCUUAUAGAUUUGAAGAACCUGGAUCUAAGUAACUACGACAUUUUUUUUUGCUGCAUGUCCUUCGUUAAAGGAGUUAAAAAUGGAAUCGAGAUUAGAAGCGGGAUUGGAAGCGGGAGUGGAAGCGGGAUUGGAAGCGGGAUUAGAAGUUGGACUGGCAUUGACUACAGCGAUUGGGGCGAACCUCGUAAUGAUGAAGCUUCUCUUUUCCUUAACAGUAAUGCGGAUGCUUUGAAAAACAUUUUUAUGAGUUAUCUUGCCUUUCUAAAAGGCCACUACAAGAAGUGCUACGAGGAAAAAGCCUCCAUGUACAAGGAGAAAGGUAGGAUACUGAAUAGCACUCUGAGUGCUAGCAAUAGUGGUAGUGCCAAUAAAGGAAGUAAUAAUGGCGAUUUUAACGUUGGCAGCUGUAGCGUUAGUAGUUGUACUGAUGAUAAUUUUAGAAAGAACAAUGCGCAGGAAGGGGAGAUGAACGGGCAGAAUGACCGAAGGACUGUGAAUGAGGAUGACAGAAAAGAAGCCCUACUACUACACAGCAAAAUGGGCAUACAUUUUUUACUGUACGUAUACAAUUUGAUAGGAGUAAGUGACGUAACGCCUCUUAACUUUGUAAAUGAAAAGAAGUUUAUGAAAAACAUGAUUAAGAUUGUUUAUUUUGUUCUAUCAACAGAUCAAUGUUGUAAAGGUUACAUAAAUGAAAAGUUAAAAGCACUCUGUGUAAAGAUAGUAAAGAAGCUUUUCGAUUGCGACUCUAUAUGUUUUAGCUCCAUAUAUAAAAUCCACUUCUUCACAUUACAGUUAUGUAUUAGUGAAUAUAAUGAAUAUUUUAUGAACAAAAUAUUUUUUAAAAAAGAUGUGGUAUCCGUUGAGUAUUUGAUUAAGUUGAAGAAAAAAAUGCUAGAUAUUUAUAUAAAUACUUAUUAUUUAUAUAUUUUAUUUUCAAAUAUAGAGAAGUUUAAGCAUAGCAGUGUGUUUAUUGAAAAGACACGUACAAUUCUUUUAUCAAAUAGUAUAUUUUUUAACGAAUUACACAAACUGAAAAAUGCUAAUGAGGAUAUGUUUCAUACAGUGAGUAGUUAUCUAUAUAUUAAUGGAGGUGAGGAAAGGGAGGAGGAACAUGUAGAAAAUCGUUUUUUAAAUUCUGUUGUUACUAUGCCUGAAGGGCAUUACGAAAGGAGAAUACUAAAUUGUAAUAAGCAUGAUGUGUGUGUAAAUGAAGUGGAUAAUGUGAACGGUAUGAACGGUAUGAACGGUAUGAACGGUAUGAACAGUAUGAAAGGUAUGAACGGUAUGAACGGUAUGAACGGUAUGAAAGGUAUGAACGGUUUAGGUGGUGUUAUCUGUGGGGGUCUGGAUGGAAAUAAAUCAGAAAAGAAUAGGGGGAAGGAUACAAAGUACGACAGCUGCACAAGCGAUGGCAGCUUCUUAAGCAAUGCCUCAUCGUUAAGGUAUAAUUGCUGCACAAGCAAUAAUAAUUUCGUAGGUGUUGACUGCUUUGUAGGUGAUAGUAGUAACAGUAACAAUAAUUCGAAAGAUGGCCCUGCGCAUAACAGAGAAGAGUUUAAGGAAGGCACAACAAAAAAUAAAUACAAAAAAGAUAGGAAAAGAAAAGAAAGCAUUCUGUAUGAAUUGAAGAGUCAUAUGACGAAUAUCUUUUUAGGAAUUCAUUUAAACAAGAAUAUUUUAGACCUUUACUCUUUUUUAUUGAAAUUGAAUUAUUUGAACGUACUUCUGUCCAUGUUGAACAUAUGUCUGUCUUCAGAAUAUUUUAUAUAUGAAGACGAUUUAUAUCAAAAGUUUUUACUGUUUUUAGAAAAUCAUAAUUUAAACUUGUACAACUUUUUGAAUGACUUUAAAAAAGUUAAUGACAUAUUAGAGGGGUACACGGAUGGUACAGUAGGGAGUGACGAAGUGGGAAGUAGCAGAGUAGACCAUAACAAAAACAAGUUUUACAUUUUUUUUCUCUCUCUGCAUUUAAUUCUGCUCCUUAUAACAGUAUAUCCCCGUGAAUCGAUCAAAAUAAUUAAAGAAAACAAACUGUUCGAUAUUAUAAAUUUUAAUCAAUUACUCUUAUCUAACCUAAUAAUUGAUCAUCAGUUAAGUCAGUUGAGUGCUCUAGCUAGCAGUUACGUAAACACUACAUUUUCUUAUAACCCUGUUUUGAAAACUUUGUAUUUUAAAUACAAGAUUAAGGAAGAUGAUAGCGAACAAUUUGAGGAUGUCACGGUCAAACUGUCCCUCAGUUUUAUGCCCAACUAUCCUUUUUCCCAACUCGUCAUUAAAGAUAAGAUAGAAGCUCUAGACAAGAAGGCUUAUGUGCACAAUUCCAUUAAGAGCAUGUACAAAUACGCGAGGACUGGCAAUAUCAACGAAAUUUUUAUAAAAUUUGAUAAUCUAAUGAAUAGCUACUUUCAAAAUAAAUCUCAGUGUAAUAUAUGCUUCAUGAUAUUGCACGAAAGGAAGACCUGUGAUAAAACGUGCUCGAAGUGCAACGCCGCAUACCACAGCCACUGCCUCCACAAGUGGUUUUUAACAUCGCACAACACCAAGUGCCCUUCGUGUCAAAUGCAGUUCAACUCGUGA